AUGCGAUGUUUCUAAAUAUCGAGCCGCUUUAGAAUUCAUCUCAUACACACACAUACAGCUUGACAGAAUAGGAUGCUCAAGAAAACAGAAUAUAGUAAGAUUGCAUCUUGUUUAGGAGAGGAAAUUUAAAGAUAACUAAAGAUAAAUAGACUGCACAUGUAAUAGGUAGUACUCUCCAGUCAAGUUGAAGAUACAUCAUGGAAAAAAUGAAAAACAACGUGAAAGUACAGUUACUGCUGUUUGUGCUCACUUGUCCUUGGAGUCUGGUAAAUGGUUGGGAAUGUGUCAAUGGAAAUUGUUAUUAUUUCAGUAAUCACACGGCUAGGUGGCUUAAUGCAAGACAGUAUUGUCUGGAUAAAGGUGCUGACCUUGCAGUUCCCUUCUCAAAGGCAAACAAUGACUACCUCUAUUCAAUAAUGAGUAAAAAAGGCAUCAAUAAGACUUUUAUCGGAUUGUUCAAGACGGCUCCAGGCCUCGGCUCAAAAUUCUACAAAACCGAUGGUCAUAUUCAAGAUUUCUUUUACUGGGGAAACAUGCAACCCUGUAAUUUAGGUGGCAAUGAAGAUUGUGUCGAGAUGAUUGCAUCAGACCCAUUUUAUACAGGAGGAAUACAUAACGAUGUGCCGUGUUCCUAUGAACGCCAUUUUAUUUGUCACAUAGCGGGCAGUUGCAAAGGCGGUAAAUGAGUGUGAACAUUUUUAGACAUCUUAACUGUCUGUAUCGAUAUAAUUAUCUAAACAAUUCUUAGUAUUUAUAGAAAACUGCGAUAAAAAUUGUCUUUUCAUCUGCUCCAUGUUAGUAAUAUACAGCUAUUGAAAUAAAAAAUUAUGUCAAUUUUCAUUAAGAAUGAUA